GAGGGGUGAACAGAACUGUGCUCAGAGGACCCCCGCAGCCCACCAACUGACCUUCCUUAGGCUCGAGGCCCCGGCAGGAACUGGCCCCAGGGAGGGCCCCAGAGAAAUCUCCCCGCGCCUGGGCAUCCCGCCCUGCCCUGGGCCUUUUUCCUCUCCCCCGUGUCCGAGAGUAUCGGCGGCCUCCACUAGGCAAGACUAGCGGACGGCUGGAGGCGCGGUCCCGAGCGGGGAGGGAGGGGCCCGGGCGCGCGGGCGCUGCUGCCCCCUGCCGGCCGCCGGCCGCCCUGCGGCUCGCACCACGUGAUUUCUGGGAAAGGCCCUCCCGGGAGCAGAAGUGAAACUUCAGAAGCGCAGGGCAGAAGCUGGGGGCGGAGCCAUCGGAGACUGCCCAGGCGCCAGUGAGCGGAGCCCCGGCCGGUGUCGUCGGGCCUUGGGACAGCCUGCCCCAGCGCCGCUCAGGAUGCCUUCCACCCGGGGACGGGGACGCAGCACCCGAAAGCUCCGCAACUGGGUGGUGGAGCAGGUGGAGAGCGGGAAGUUCCCGGGGGUGUGCUGGGAAGAUGCAGAGAAGACCAUGUUCCGGAUCCCCUGGAAGCACGCGGGGAAGCAGGACUUCCGGGAAGACCAGGAUGCCGCCUUCUUCAAGGCCUGGGCGAUCUUCAAGGGAAAGCACAAGGAGGGGGAAGCAGAAGGCCCCGCCAUCUGGAAAACUCGCCUGCGCUGUGCCCUCAACAAGAGCCCUGAAUUUGAAGAGGUGCCUGGUCGGAACCAGCUGGACGGGGCUGAGCCCUACAAGGUGUAUCGGCUGCUGCCACAAGGAACCGUCCCUGACCCCUCAGAAACCCAGAAAACCCCCGUCAAGCGACACCACAGUUCUGUGUUGCCCGACAGAGAGGACGAGCCGGGCGUCACGAAGAGCUGCACCCUCAGUCUGCCGUCACUCCCAAAGCUCCUCAAAAAUGAGCCGGAGGCUGGCAGGAUCGCAGGUGGUCCCAACGCUAGCAGCAGCAGCAGCAGCAGCCCCAGCAGCUCUGAGCCUCAGGAAGGUGCGGACCCAGCUGACGGCCUUCUGCAGGGGGAGGAGGUCCCCAUAGACCUGCUGCUCUCCCUAUACUCAGAGCCUUGUGCAGACGAGGAGGCCACCUGGACAGAGGUGCUGGUGUCGCAGGAGUAUCUUGCGUCUGCAGAUUUCUCUCUGUUUCUCACCUUCAUCUACGCUGGCCGGGUGGUCGGGGAGGCCCAGGUGCAGAGCCUGGACUGCCGCCUGGUGGCCGAGCCCUCCAGCUCCCAUGGCGGCAUGGAGCAGGUGUUGUUCCCUAAGGCAGACCCGCUGGAGCCCACCCAGAACCUGCUGAAACAACUCGAGCGUGGGGUCAUGGUGGCCAGCAAUUCCCAGGGCCUCUUCGUUCAGAGCCUGUGCCCCAUCCCCAUCUCUUGGAACUCACCCCAGGCCCCGGAGGGGCCAGGCCCGCAUCUGUUGCCCAGCAAUGAGUUUGUGGGGCUCUUCCGAACCAGGAAUUUCUGCAGAGACUUAGACAUGUAUCUCCUGGGCUUGGGUCCUGAACCCAAGUUCCAAGUGACCCUGGACUUCUGGGAGGAGAGUCCUGAUACCAGCCGCGCCACCCAGAGUCUCAUCACGGUCCAGAUGGAGCAGGCCUAUGCCCGACAUUUGCUGAAAAAGAAGGAGCAGAAGGAGCUGGUGGCCAUUGUGUCCUAGGCAGAGGGCCUGAGGGGCCUCCUUCCUCUUCCCUGCGCCCCUUGUUUCCAUUGGAAGCGACUUGUCCACGCUCUUGACCUGCCUCCUUGGAGAUUGUCUGUGAUGGUCAUAUCCUUAAACUCUUCAGAUAUCCCAGCUGGUGGGCUACUCCAAGAAGAGUGUUGCAUCCUCUUUUUCUUUUUUCUUUUUUGGGGGGGAAUAUAAAAGAUUUAUUAAUAAAUUCUGGAAGUAAUAGGUCACUUUUUUUUUUUUUUUUUUUUUGCUUUUUGGGUCACACCAGCAUUGCUCAGGGGUUACUCCUGGCUCUGCACUCAGGAAUUACUCCUGGCAGUUCUUGGGGGACCAUAUGGGAUGCUGGGGAUUGAACCCAGGUCGGCCAUGUGCAAAGCAAACGCCCUACCCACUGUGCUAUCACUCUGGCCCCCUAUAGGUCACAUGUUAAAAGACAGAACACAGGCAUACUCCAGAGAGAGUAUUCAUUACCCUUUAUUUUAUUUUUAUUCUUUUUGUGUAUUUGGGUCACACCCAGCAGUACUCAGGGCUUACUCCUGGCUCUGCACUGAAGGAUCACUCCUGGAGAGGCUUCAGGGGACCAUGAGGGGGUGCCAGGGAUCAAACGGGUCAGUUGUAUGCAAGGCAACUGCCUUACUCACUCUACUGUAUCUCUCCAGCCCCCUUGCACUUUGUUUAAAGAAAAAAAAUUUCUGAGGGACAUAUCAACAAUGUUUAGAGGCUGCUUCUAAUUCUAUGCUCAGGGAUUGCUUCCAGCAGUGCUAGGGGAAGCAUGUGGUACUGAGGAACAAACCAGCCCCCACCCUCCACCCCAUUGAGCUAUCUCCCAGCCAGAAUUUUACUCUUUAAAAAGUCUUUAGGGCUGGGGCAUAGCACAGCGGGCAGGGUGUUUGCCUUGCACGAGGCUGACCCGGAUUUGAUUCCCAGCAUGACAUAUGGUCCCCUGAGCACCGCCAGGAGUAUGUUCCUGAGUGCAGAGCCAGUAGUAACCCCUGUGCAUCACUGGGUAUGACCCAAAAAGAAAAAAAAAAUCUUUAAGGGGCUAGGGAUGCAACUCAGCAGUAAAGUUGUUGCCUUGCAUGCAUGAGACAAUGGUGUGAUCCUCAGCACCACAAAAAGAGAGGUAAAAAAUAAUUAAAAAAAAUAUAUAUAUAUAAUGUUGUUGAGAUUAUACUCCCUUACAUGUCUGAGGAAUUGUGAAAGUUGAAAUGCUAUGGAACUCAGGAGGCUUUUCCUUUUUCUCUUUUAUAACCCUAAUGGCAAGCACUUUAUACCUUCUUUAUUCCCUGAGGAUUGCAAAUAAAAUUGUACUGAAAAAGAAAUCAGCGUGUGAUUUUUGGUGAGGAGAGAUAGCAGGGGUGCCCCAGAGAUUAGACAAAAAUAAACUUGACAGCUGGACCCUGGGUUUCUUCCUGCCAACUCCCUCGGACACUCACCCACAGGUUCUGGCCAGGAAGCCGGCUGGCUGGGAGGGAUAAAGGACCUGUACCAGGGAGAGGGAAGGUAGGGGUCAGCUCCAAGCCUCACUCUGGAGAAUCCAGCACCCGUAGUGCUUUGCUUAGAGGUCUGUGGCUUAGGCCUUGCCAGCCAGCCUCGCUUGCACUCUGGUCUGUGGUCUGAAAUGAGCUGGUGAGCUAGAGACUGACCUGGAACUCCGGGCCUGAACAAGGGGCAGGAUCAGGACAACUGUGCCUUCCUUGCUAGGCAGACAGAACUCGUGCCCCCCUGGAGGGCCAUCCCCAACUGACUUUGUCACUGUGCUACAGCCCCAACAGAAGACAGGCUGGCCAAGGUGGGGGUGGCAACUGGCCGAGCCAAGCCAACAAUGUCCACUGAAGUUGCAAUUCUU